AGCCCCGCGUGGCUUGCUCCGAGGUGGGGCUGACGCCGCGGGGAGACGGGACGUUGGCUCGCUGACCAGAGCUCCAUGGUGGGCCUUAGGGAAUUCGCAGGAGCUACCGGUUGACUUGGUGCCCGGACUUCGGUUGCUUGAAGACUGGUGGGCCAUUGAGAACCAAGAUCUAAGUUCAAGUCUGUGAGUUGGCCUGGAUCGACGGUGCAGCGUUAGGGUUGAAUCGCUCCUGAUUUGCUGAUACAGAGCUUAGGGGAUAUAUCUGAGUUCUUUGUCUCAAGAAAACGUGGAAAUAAAAUGGAAUUGGAAAAAAUGAACGUGCAGUGCAAUAGUGUGGUUGAUGGUAAUUGUGAAGAAGUUUGCCCAGAGAAGGUCAUUAAGUUUAAACCUCCAUUGUACAAACAACGAUACCAGUUUGUGAGAGAUUUAGUGGACCGACAUGAACCCAAGAAGGUUGCAGAUCUGGGAUGUGGUGAGACUGAGCUCCUAAGGCUGCUAAAAAUCUACCCAUGCAUUCAACUGCUUGUCGGAGUAGAUAUUGAUGAAGAAAAAUUACAAUCAAAUGGACAUCAUUUGUCUCCCUAUCUGGGGGAGUUUGUAAAACCCCGGAAUCUGGAUUUGACUGUUACCUUGUACCACGGCUCUGUUGUGGAGAGAGACUCCCGUUUGCUUGGAUUUGACUUGAUAACGUGCAUUGAGUUAAUAGAACAUUUGGAUUCAGACCAUCUGGCCAGAUUUCCUGAAGUGGUGUUUGGGUACCUGUCUCCAGCCAUGAUCGUCAUCAGCACACCAAAUUCUGAAUUCAACCCCCUAUUUCCCAUAGUGACCCUAAGAGAUGCAGACCAUAAAUUUGAGUGGAACAGAACGGAAUUUCAGACCUGGGCUUUAGAAGUGGCGAAUCGCUACAACUACUCGGUGGAGUUUACAGGGGUCGGCACUCCGCCAGCUGGUGCUGAGCACGUUGGAUUCUGCACCCAGAUAGGCGUCUUCCGGAAGAACAGCGCAGCGGCGCCCGGGCCCUGUGUUCCCGAGCAGCACCAUCGGCACGUUUACAAAGCUGUUUAUACAACCACCUACCCGAGUUUACAGCAGGAAAGGGUGCUCAGAUUUGAACUGGUCGGGGAAGUGUUGUUACAAGUGGAGCGCUUGAGACUGGGGCAUCUGCGAAUGCUGCGAGAACAGAAGAGGGAAUCGGGCACGCUGCCGAGGGACCCGUCUGCAGCCCGCAGCCUGAUGUUGGGGGCCGUCUUCACAGAGGCUGAGAAAGCCAGGAUAGAGAAUUCUCCCCAACCCUUCUGCGAAGGGGAUCGGUUUUGCAUACCCCUGCAGAGACUCCUGGCUUACCCCAGACUGCACCGCUUGCCUGUGGAUGAAGAGCGCGUGCGGUCCCUUCUGGCCGACUCGGUGUGUUUCAGCAGCGAUGGCUCUGCAGUCAUGGUUGACCUGCAUAACUCUUGGGAUUAUGAACCUGAAGAUAACUGAGCCGUCCACGUUUCCUGAAGUUCAAAGUCUCAGCGAUAGUUGAACUCACUUAGAUUUAAACUUUUUUUGGGGGGGGGGGUAAUCUUACUUAAGUGACAUUUAAAAAGUUUUAACAUAAGCCAUUCCUGAACCGGUGGAGAUACGGCUGCCACACAGCCAGGUUGCUCUUUACCUGAGAAAGAGUGGGGUUUAACUAAAAGCAGUGCGCUUUUCAAUUGGAAAUUUUCUUUGAUGUUUUCUCAAGAAUGAAAGUGGGUUUGAUAAUGUGUUAAUUUUGAGUGUACCCACAUUUUGAUGUUAGAGCUAUGUGUUGAAUGAGAUUAAAAAUUUCAGAAGUGCAGACUAAUCUCAGCUACUCAGGAACCUGAGGCAGAAGGAUUGCAAAUUUGAAGCCUCAGGGUCAGUUUACCAAGACCUUUCUUAAAAUAAAAAUGGCUGGGGAUAUAGAUCAAGGACCACUUGCCUACUUUGCCUGAAGCCCUGUGUUCAAUCCCCGCUACUGGGGAAGAAAAGUGGUCAGAUAUACUGUGGCAACUUUUUCUCAAGCGUUCUGAAUUGCUUUAAAAUAUUGCUGUGACUUUCCUUUGGGCCAAAUUGUUACCUAUUAUUCAGCCUAAAAUCAUUAAAAAGAAUUCAGGUA